ACACCAAGAGCGCCCGUGAACCACUCACCAAGUCACUCACUAGAGCUGAAUGAAUGCCAUGGUGAAAUGCUGCCUCCUCCUCCUACCCCUCUUCUUGGCGGUUCUCUUGCCCGAGGCGCGCGCGGCUUCGUGCCACCCCGACGACCUAAGCGCGCUGCGGGGCUUCGCCGGGAACCUCAGCGGGGGGGCCGUUCUCCUUCGCGCCGCGUGGUCCGGCACCGUCUGCUGCGGCUGGGACGGCGUGGGCUGUGACGCCGCCAGCGGCCGCGUCACGGCGUUGCGCCUCCCUGGACGCGGCCUCGCGGGCGCCAUCCCAGGAGCCUCCCUCGCCGGCCUCGCCCGGCUAGAGGAACUCGACCUCGGCUACAACCGCUUGCAAAACAUCUCAGGGGUGCUCACCAUGCUGCGUGGGUGCCACGACCUCGCCACCCUGAUCCUCACCAAGAAUUUCGGCGGCGAGGAGCUGCCCGGCGUCGGCGACGACAUUGUUGUUGCCGGGUGCAAGAGCCUCGUGGUGUUCGACCUCGGCGACUGUGCUCUCAGGGGCGGCGUUCCGGAAUGGCUGUCUCAGUGCAAGAACAUGGAGGUGCUUGACUUGUCCCGCAACCAGCUGGUCGGCGCCGUCCCGUCGUGGGUCGGCAGCCUCGACCACCUUUGCUACCUGGAUCUCUCCAACAAUACGUUGGUCGGGGAGGUACCCAAGAGCUCCAAGGGCCUCAACACCUCCGGGUGCUCACCGGGCAUCGGCCUCACCGACAUGUCGUUGUAUCGUCUGAAGCGUAGCGGAGGAGGCACGCUUCGCCGGCAGCUCAAGCAUGCCCCGAACGUCAUAGCCGGGACCAACAACGUUGUGAGAUCCGGGAGCAACAACGUGGUGGCCGGGAACGACAACACCAUCAUAGUUGGGAACGACAACGCCGUGUCCGGGAGCUAUCAGGUCGUAUACGGGAAUAACCAUGUCGUGACCGGGGAUCACCAUGUCGUGGCUGGGAGCAACCAUGCCGCGUCCGGGAGCUACCAUGUCGUGAUUGGGAAACACAACAUUGUGUCCGGGACACACAACGACGUAGGAGGGAGCAAAAAUAUCGUAUCUGGGAGCAAAAAUGUUGUAUCUGGGAGCCAUAAUACCGUGUCCGGUAAGAACCAUUUCGUAACCGGGCACAACAAAGUCGUAACCUGAGGUUAAUGACUGUGCACAUCAUGGUAUAAGUGUGUGCGCUGCAGCAUCCGUCCCUUCACGUUGACGGAAGAUGUACUCUCGGGCAUGAUAAUUAAAGAAUAAAUAAAGAGACUCAUAUAUU